CUGAAUCAGACUGCCGGGGCUACAGCCCACCGCCUCAGUUUUACACCAGGAGGGUAACAUUACUGAUCCAACAUCCAGGAUGUUGGACAACGAGGAGUACAUGUUGGAAAACUCCCCGCGGGAGCUCAUGCAGAACCCGCUCAGGAAGAUCUGGAUGCCGUGCAGAAACGGGCACAUAGCUCAGAGACGGGUGUGUAUGACGAACUGCCCGACCCUCAUUGUUACUGUUGGACUUCCAGCUCGUGGGAAGACUUACAUUUCAAAGAAGCUGACACGCUACUUAAACUGGAUAGGUGUGCCAACCAAAGAGUUCAAUGUUGGCCAGUACCGGAGGGAGUGUCUGAAGAUCUACAAGUCCUUCGAGUUCUUCCGUCCAGAUAAUGAAGAGGGCUUAAAAAUCAGACGUCAGUGUGCGUUGGCAGCACUUAAUGAUGUUCGGCAGUACCUGAGCGUCGAAGGAGGACAGGUGGCAGUGUUUGAUGCUACAAAUACAACAAGAGAAAGAAGAGGGACCAUUGUCAAGUUUGCUGAGCAGAAUGGGUUCAAGGUAUUUUUUGUGGAGUCUGUAUGUGAGGACCCAGAUGUCAUCGCUCAAAAUAUAGUGCAAGUGAAGUUGGGCAGCCCAGACUACAUACACUGCAACACAGAGGAGGCCAUUGAGGACUUCAUGAAGAGGAUCAAGUGUUACGAGUCCUCCUACCAGCCUCUGGAUGAGGUUCUGGACAGGGAUCUGUCCUACAUAAAGAUCAUGGACGUGGGCCGUCGUUACCUGGUGAACCGCGUCCUUGACCACAUCCAAAGCCGAAUUGUCUACUACCUGAUGAACAUCCAUAUCACGCCACGCUCUAUCUACCUGUGUCGCCAUGGGGAGAGCGACCUCAACAUCAAGGGGCGGAUCGGAGGAGACUCUGGCUUGUCUGCCAGAGGAAAUGAGUUUGCCAAAACACUGGGGAAAUUCAUACAGGACCAGAACAUCAAAGAUCUAAAAGUGUGGACCAGUCAGAUGAAGAGGACAAUCCAGACAGCUGAGUGCCUGGGCGUGCCAUACGAACAAUGGAAGUCACUCAAUGAAAUAGAUGCUGGAGUGUGUGAGGAAAUGAUGUAUGAGGAGAUCCAGGAGCAUUACCCUGUGGAGUUUGCACUGAGAGACCAAGACAAGUACCGCUACCGGUAUCCUAAAGGAGAGUCUUAUGAAGACCUGGUGCAGCGACUUGAGCCUGUGAUCAUGGAGUUGGAGAGACAGGAGAAUGUUCUGGUCAUUUGUCAUCAGGCCGUCAUGCGUUGUCUUCUUGCAUAUUUCCUUGACAAGACUGCAGAUGAAUUGCCUUAUCUUAAGUGCCAUUUGCACACAGUGUUGAAGUUGACCCCCAUGGCUUAUGGAUGUAAAGUGGAGUCUGUCUAUCUAGGCGUGGACUCUGUGAACACACACAGAGACAGACCAGAGAGAAUGUAAAUCUUUCACACACAGCAGAGGAAGCCGUGUUCAGUCUCCGUUCACCAGUGAUCCUUGACAGCAAUCAAGACAACUGUGACAUCACUUCUACCUCCAUCGUGUCAGCACUUUUUUUCCACAUUUCAUUUUUGUCUCUCAGUCUGAGCAGCUGGGGUUUUUUUUGUCUGUUAAGUCCUUUUCUUCGUCAGCCCCGAGAGCUUAAUGCAAUGCAAAGAAAACACAUGAAAAGAGACAAACAAGAUAAGAUGCAGAACGCAUCUUCAGUUUGACAUUUUCUAGACAAAACUCUGCAAAGUGAGAAAAGAACCAAAUACAAAAACUGCAGACCACACAGAACACAAAGGAAGUUAGUUUCAAAAAUAAAUAAUGCAAAAUUCAUCAUUCAGAAAGAAACUAAUGUACUCUUUACUCAAAUGCUGCAUAUGCUUUCAAAUUGGUUUUGUUUCCAGGGCAACCAUAUUUUCCUCAGUGUUACAUUUUCGUACGAACAACACAACAGAAAUCCAGAUUAAGGACAAAUCACACAGCUCUGUGUGUGUGUGUGUGUGUGUGUGUGUGUGUGUGUUUGUGUGUGUAUGUGCCUGCACAUGUGUGCAUAUGUACCAUGUGUCCAUAUUUGUGGGGACCAAUUUGACUUAGACCUUGGGAGUGAGGACAUUUAGGCUGGCCCUUUAAAGGGCUGUGUGAGGGUUCAGACUUGGUUUUAGAGUUGAGUUUAGGUUUAGGUUAAAGGUAUAAGGAUAGGGAUAAGUUCAAUUUAGGGUAAAUGAAGUUCCCCACAAGUAUAGAACACAAAUGUGUUAUGUGUAUGGCAUAAAAAAUAUGAUCGUGACUGAAGGAGGGAACGUGAAAACAACCACGUAACAUUAAUAUUGUUUUUAAAUGUGUCUUUAAAAAGCAUGUAGCAUUUAACAGUUUCUUUGUUGCCCCAAUUCUAUUUACUUAACACCUUUUUACUAUGCUUACAUAUACAAGAGACAGGUACAUUUAACCUCAACAUAUAUUUGUUUUGCAAAUGAGUUGACGCACAAUAUAAUUGUCAUUCAGAAUUGUUUUUUAAAGCUAAACCUUGUCUCUAUGUUAACACUUGUUUACUGCUGAAAUGUGAUUGCGUAAUCUGCAGUGACCUCCAGAAUCCUGUCUAAAAUUUCAGUUGCGAGACCUCGGCUUGAAUCAUGUUUACUGUUUAAAAUGAUAUUUAAUAAAAUUACAAAAUCACUGAUAGUGUUAACACAUUGUUGGAGGACAUGUUUCAUUUCAUUGAAUGUACUUUUUUUGUGUCUCAGAUUUUUUGUGUUUGUGAAAGUUAUUGUAAAUAUAAAAAUCCAAACUGGAAAAAUUCUCUUUCUCCUGUUAGUUUUUUCUGGUGAAUACAUCAGUGAUUAGUUACAGUCAUUCAGACAGUAACUAUAAUAUGUCCAUAAGUACACUUCUCUGCGUGCUACACGUCAGUGGGGGUUUGAGUAAAACAUUGAAUGGUUUUACUCAGGAAAGCAAUAAGUAAUGUAUGAUUAAACAAAACUCAACAUGUCAGUAGUUAUCUAGAGUAAAAUUCUGACUUUUGUUUUACCUGCAAAGUCUUGUUUAAUAAUAGUCAUUUAGAUAAUUUUGUGGUACUUAAUUCUGAGCCAUGAGCAUGCCUAAAUGUCUUGAAAAGAGAUGUAUUUAAUGACAAAAACUGUCAUUUGGAAACUACUGUAACAGCCCCCACAACAUCCAUUUAUAUAUCUGUUAAUACCAGCUGAAAGCAUUAAUCCUGCCUCAGUUAAACAAAUUAUAUCUGAGUAACUAUACUGUUUUUAAAGAUCUGAGUAUAAAGGAAGUACUCAAUGAAUUUAAGUCAGUGUGUAAAUGUCAGAUAAGCAAUGUCAGUUUAUAACUCGGCCCUUUUCUCUCCUCAUGUUUCAGAAUGUGAAUGUGCAGCGCUCCACAGAUGACGCUCUGCAAACAGUCCCAGCUCACCUCUAACUAAAGGUUCCUGCAGAAACCUUAUCAGACUUUCUGCCUGGACCUCUGGACUGCGUCAUUACAGCGGUGCUGUUCAACUACCCUGACUAAAAAAGCACUUUCACUGCACUUUCACUGCUUUCACUUUCAUUCAUUUUUUUACAUCUGUCAUGUUGUGAACUUCACUGAACUGCCACUGUAGCUCAACUCCCAGUGAGGAAAACUAAAGGAAAAUGCCAAUAUUUUUUCAUAUGUGGGUUUGCUGUUGUUGCAAUAAUCCUUUAUCUUUAAGAACCUUUUUCCGUAAUUAUAUUUAAUAUUUACUGUAUAUUGUGCUGUGUAUACUGCCAUAUGCUUUCAGUGUUUCUGAUGUUUUUACUGUUUAAAACAAGUAUCAUUACACACACAAAAAAUCUUAAGAGACUGUAAAUACUUCAGUUAAAAUGCUUGUGAUAAAAGUCUUAAAUCCCUGACUGUUGAAAAAAAACCCACCACGAAUGAACAUUAGAAUUUUUUUAAACUGUGUUUUUCUUUGGUAGUUGUUGAGUUAUAUUAAAAAUGCCAUUGUGGUUACGAGGGGGGCAAGUGAGGAUAAAAAAAAAAAAUUGGUUAUCAUUUUUUAAAGUCUGACAUGAAAUGAUUCCUUUCUUGUGUUUAUGACUUAUGAUUUUUUUUUUUGCCAGGAUAGUCUUCUUAAAAAUGUUCUUGAAAAGAUUAAAAUGCAAUGGUGG